AUGGAAUACCUCUCAGGCCUGAAUCCCAGCGGUCUGCUCAGGUCAGUAUCCAGUAUGAGCUCAGAGCUUGGCCGGAGGGUCUGUGCUUCAGCUCCACCACCCCAGCGACCUUUCCGUGUCUGUGACCACAAGCGGACCAUCCGGAAAGGUCUGACAGCUGCCACCCUCCAGGAGCUGCUAGACAAGGCUUUGGAGACCCUGCUACUGAGUGGAGUGCUGACAUUGGUGCUAGAGGAGGAUGGGACUGCCGUGGAGAGUGAGGACUUCUUCCAGCUGUUGGAGGAUGACACAUGCCUGAUGGUGCUGGAAUCUGGGCAGAGUUGGAGCCCUACCAGGAGUGGGGUGCUGUUAUAUGGCCUGGGCCGGGAGAAGCCCAAGCACAGCAAGGAUAUCGCCCGCAUCACCUUUGACGUGUACAAGCAAAACCCUCGAGACCUCUUUGGCAGCCUGAACAUCAAAGCCACAUUCUACGGGCUCUACUCCAUGAGUUGUGACUUUCAAGGACUCGGCCCCAAAAAAGUACUCAGGGAGCUCUUACGUUGGACCUCCACACUGCUGCAAGGCCUGGGCCAUAUGCUGCUGGGAAUUUCCUCCACUCUUCGCCAUGUGGUAGAGGGGGCUGAGCACUGGCAGCAACAGGGUCGCCUCCAUUCCUACUAA